AUGACGGCCGCAACGAGAGUGACGGACCUGCCUGACGACUGCCUCGCGUGCGUCCUCUCCUUCCUACCUCCCGCUCUCAUCGCCCGAUGUGCAUUCGUCUGCUCGGCUUGGCGCGCUGCUGCGGCGUCCCCCGUGGCGUGGAUGCGCGUGCUGCCCGCCCUCUGCCAGCACGCGUGCUUCACCGCGCUGCCGCUCGCCUCCCGCCACCCUCACCCGCGCGCGUGGUGCCGCGAGCUGUGCGGGGGCGUGCUGCUGCACGGGGGGGUGUUUCACGCGCGCAUGGACCCCAAUACCGCCAAGCUCACUGUGAGCGUGAGUAUAGCGAAGGCGUGCGCGAUUACGUGGAUGGACGACCCUCGCUACUGGCACAUGGAGACGCGGAGUACCACUGGCGCGGUGUUCCCCGAGGUGCCGCACCUGCUGACGGUGUGCUGGCUCGAGGCCAGCGCGCACGUCGCGCUGCCGUUCCCCCUGCGCUGCGGGGUGUACGACGUGGCAUGGCGUGUCGCACGCGACCCGACGCACGACGAGUACGCACGGGCAGCAGGCGAGCAGCCGAGGCGUGUGGGACUGCUGGACGCAGGUGGGGACGAGAGCGAGGAGGAUGACGAGGAGAGCGAAGAGGAGGACGAGGAUGGCGAGGUGGAGUUGGAGGGCGGGGGGGGAGGGGUGCAAGACGGAGAGCAGGCACCAGGUUUGGGGAGGACGCUUGAAGCAGCAAAUGUUUCGCAAGCGGGUGUUGGCGGUGCAGCAACCCCGUUCCAGCACAUGGUGGGGGCCGUGCGCCGGCUGAUAUGGCGCGGGCACGGCGUGCAGGCACGGCGCUCUGAGAACCAGGGCCAGCACAGCAGAGAGCAGCAGCAGGACUGGGAGCGGAGGAGGGAGGCAUGGAGGCGCGUGGAGAAGCAGUGCUGGUUCAAGUGGGUGGGGCAACCCGUGUGGAGCAACGUGAGGGAGGAGGGGUGUGCUGGGGGAGGGGGGGGCGAGCAGAGGCAGCUACAAAUCUCCGCUGCCAGCAUCGCCAUGCUGCCUGACUGGACCACCCUGCCUGCAGGCCGUGUGACCAUUAGGGGGGAAACCGCACGGGAGACGGCAGUGGCUCCCGCGCUGAGUAUGCGGCUGUGGGAGACGGAGAGUGGGUGGUGGAAGAGUGGGCUCUACUUGGAUGCGCUGCAGCUCACAGAGACGGCCCAGGUGCAGGUCCCAUCCCAUCCCAUCCAGAGCUGA